GUGUCUCCAUGGAAACGGGGACCGCGUGCCUCAUCUCUUGGGGGCGUGGCCUAUCGUAGGAUAAACAAAGUUUUUUUUUUUUAAAGCGUUCCCAGUUUUCGUCAGCUGCUGAAUUUCCAGAUCAGGACUGAAGCUUUUUUAACAGAUCAGUCGUUCUGAAAAUAUCAAAUAUUAAAACCUUCAUCUGUAUGGCGCGAAAAGACGAGCUCGUGCUACUGCUAACUGUUUGCUAGCGUUAGCCUAGCUUAGCUGGUGUCGUUCUGGUUCCGCUCUGCGUUUCCCGCUGGUUCUGGAGACAUUUUAGAACGGUAUUUUUAUCAGUUUAGAGCAGGAAUCCGGUUCUACAGACCGGAAGGAGGAUGCCGAACUGUCCGGUGUCAGUGUCGGGGGGGUUCAGCUCAACCCCCGUUAAGAUCAACCGAGCAACGACGGAGCUGACCGGCGAGGAUUCCGGAGACGAAGACACGUUUUCUCUGCUGUCUCCCAUCUACCACGACAGCUUUGACAGCGACGGAGAGGAGCCGGACUCCAGACCCGGGUCUGCAGACAGAUGUGAGCUUCCUAAAUCUCUUCUGGAGCCGUCUGCAGGCGAGCCGUCUGCAGGCGAGCCGUCUGCAGCCUCUCUCAGCGCCUGGGAAACAUGGCUGUUAAGCAAAGCCAAAGAGGAUCGAGUAAAACUUGAAAAGAAAGCAGAAGAAGACCGCAUCCUUAAAGAAAAAGAAGAACAGCUGGAGAAGGAGCAAGAACGGAAAAAGAUCAUCAUGGAAGAGAAGAUCCAAGAAUGGCUGAAAGUGAAAAGAAAACAGAAACAGGAGCAGCUGGUGAAAGACAGAACAGAGGAAGAGAAGAUGCAGAAGGAGCAGGAGAAACAGAGGGAGGUUCAGCAGAAAGCUCAGCAAAAGUAUAACCUCUGGCUGCAGAAGAAGAACCAAGAAAAACUAGAGAAGGAAAAGAAAGAGAAGGAAAAAGCAGCUCUGAAGGAGGAGCAGGAGGAGGAGCGUCGCAGGAGGGCCGAAGAGAAGUUUAAGGAGUGGCUGACUAAAGCCAAUGAGAAAAGCAGAGCGAGUCCCACAUCACCACAUCACCAAACGAGUCCCUAUGACAGACUGAUCCCGGCUCCCAGCUUCUACAACCCGAUCCCCUGGAAGCCCAUCCAUGUCCCUCCUCCUGAAAACCUGCAGAAGAAGACGCCUGUCCAGAGGAACGCCCAGCAAGGUCACCGCGCCGCUUUAAGAUGGUCGAGUGCUGGGAGCACGCCACGUCUGCCGCAGAGAAGAUGACACAAUCUGUGGCCCUCAGGGGCCUCGAAAGCCUCAAAAGAGCCUCGGACACCUCUGAAGCUCCACAAACCUCAAAAACCGCUGAAACCUUAAGGCUUUUGAAGCUUCAGAAACCUCAAUAAGCCCCUGAAGCCUCAAACCCUUUGAAGUUUCAGAAGCCUCAGAAACAUCUGAAGCCUCAAAGCCCUUGAAGCUUCAGUAACUUCAAAAAGUCACUGAAGCCUCAAAGUCUCUGAAACUUCAGAAACCUCAAAAUCCCCUGAAGCUUUUAAAGCCUCAGAAACCUCAAAAUCUCCAGGCCUCAAAGCCUUUGAAGUUUCAGAAACCUGAAGAGACACUGAAGCCUCAAUAACCUUUGAUGCCCCAGAAACUUGAAAAAGACAUUUAAUCCUCCAACCUUUUGAAGCCCCAGAAACCUCAAAAUCUCCUGAAGCCUCAAAUCCUUUGACAUUUCAGAAGCCUCAGAAACAUCUGAAGCUUUGAAAGCCUUUGAAGCUUCAGAAACUUAAAAAAGCCACUAAAUUCUCAAGGCCUCAGAAACCUUAAAAAUCUGAACCUCCAGAAACAUUUGAAGCUCCAGAAACCUAAAAAAACACUGAAGCAUCAAAGCCUCUGAAGCUUCAGAAACCUCAAAAACCCCUGUAGCUUUUGAAGCCUCUCAAACCUCAAAAUCUCAUAAAGCCUCAAAGCUUUUGACGUUUCAGAAAAGUUUAAAAGACUCUGAGCUUAAAUGGAUUUGAAGUUUUGGAAACCUCAAAAAGUCACUGAAUCCUCAAAGCCUCUGAAGCCUCAGGAACCUCAAAAUACCCCGAAGCCUCAAAGUCUGAAGUUUUACAAACCUCAAAGCUCCUGAAGCCUCAAACCCUUUGAAGUUUCAGAAGCCUCAGAAAUAUCUGAAGCCUCAAAACCCUUUAAGUUUAAGUAACUUCAAAAAGUCACUGAAGCCUCAGAAACGUCAAAAUCUCCAGGCCUCAAAGCAUCUGAAGCUUCAAAAGCUUUUGAAGCCUCAAAGCAUCUGAAGCUUCAGAAGUUUGAAAAAGGUACUGAAUCCUCAAAGCCUCUGAAACCUUUGAAGUCUUAGAAACCUCAAAAUCCUUUGAAACCUUAAGGCAUUAUACGUUUUAGAAGCCGCAAAAGCCUCACAAACAUCUGAAACCUCAAACAUCUGAAGCCCCAGAAGUGUCACAAAGCCUCAUGACUCUUCGAAGCCUCAAAAGCUUCAGAAGCCAGCUGUGCUGUGUCACACAGAGCUGCUGUCAUAUUCAGUUUGUUAUUGCAUCCAUUUUUCUGGAUGUAAAGAAAAUAUUUUGUUUUACUUUGAACUUUUUUGUAUUUUUCUGUUUGUUUUUAAAUAGAAAAAAUAAAAAUGAUUCCUGAA